AUGGAGGACGGUGCAGAGUACGGCCAUGCCGGCAUCCAGCAUCAUAUGCCCUCCCAUCAGCAGCUAUCCAAAGAGCUGACCCAGCACCAUCACAGCAACCAAACCCAGCAGCAGCCGCAACAACCACAGCAACAUCACCGUAACCAUGCACACCAAUCGCAGCAAUCCCAUCAUGCGAAGCUCCUCCAACAACAGCAGCAGCAACAACUCCAGCCCCAAUCCGCACAACAACACCAUCUACCGAACGUUCCGGCAUGGUACGCUUCAUCGUCCGGUGGGACGCUCCGUUCGGCAGGUUCCGGCCGGCGGGCAUCGUACGGCCACAGCCAUUACGGUACGCAGCAACCGCAACAACAGCAACCCCCGCAGCAACCCUCCCUCGCUUUACCACCGUCAGCCGUCAGCUAUCACGAUAUGGCCGACACGGUUUCGAUCGGCAGCGGACACUCGGCCCAGCGCUACAUCGAACAACACCCAGCACAGUCGCAACAGCAGCAGCAGCAACAUCUCCGCGGAGUCGACGGUACGAUGCUGGGUAGAAGCGGCGGUCCGGCCGGUGGGUUGCUGAUCGAUCGGCACGGCAGCACGGACCGGUUCGGUGCGUUGGAUGAUCCACUCGGCACGAGCUGCCUGCAGCCUCCGUCGCCGGCCCCGAGUAAUGACCACUACGUGAUGGGACUGCCCGCACCGGCCCCGGUUAACCAUCACUACACCGACAGCCGGCACUACGGCACGAUACAGCGCCGGACGGCGAGCCCCUCGAACAUCAGAUACCGGCACAGCCUGACGGAGAACUAUCGGGACAUUUCGCCCCAGUGCGACCGGUAUAUACCGCCGCCGGCCCACUUUCUCGGUGCGGACACCUACGGCUACCUCGGCUCGAACGUGCACACCCCGAUCAAGCGCUACGUGCCGACACCGCCCCCCCAGGACCCGCCCUAUCCACCGCUGCCCGGUAGUGCCGGUUCGGUCAACGCCAAGACCCAAGCGCUGAUGAGUGCGCUGAUGCUCGGGCAGGGUGUUACCAUGGCCGGUGGGCCGUCGCGUGGCCCCUCCCACGCCCACCACGGUCCGGCCCAGUAUGCGUACGCGACCAGCACCCUGCCGUACGGGUUUCGCGUGAAGAGCGGUGCUGCGAACAUUGCCGGCAGUGGGAACGGUGGGAGUAGCGCCAGCGUCACCACCGAUCCCACCACCAUCUCGCCCCCGAAAGGGUUCGAAACGCCCGACCACCAUUACGGUGGCAGCAGCACCACCGGGCCGCAGAUUGCCGCCAGCAACGGUAGCAUCAAUACACCGCCCGCCCGUGUUCGACCGCCCAAGUGCCCGUCGGCUUCCCUCGGUGGUGGGCCCGCGCCCCACAGUACCGCCACCCUGCCGCACACCGCCGGUGGCCAUGUGUCGCGUAGCAGCAGCCGACACUCGCAGGCAUCGACCGGCGGGAACAACAGCAUUAGCAGCAGCAGCAACAGCUACCGGAUGUCGCGGACGUCGAGCGCGGAGUUCCUGGACCAGCCGCGCCCGGGCAGCUACCGGGUGUCCACGCCGGUGAGCGUGAUGAGCGAACCGAACGGGGGCAGCGCGUCCUGUCUGCACUGCAGCACGCUCCGCCGGACGACCGGUGUCCAUCAGACGACGCAAACGACGGGUCCCAUCAGCCCCCAGCCGAUGGGGGGCCCGGCGACCGAUGCGGCAAGUUGCCACUCCGUGCCGGCCAGUCCCGCAUCGCUCACCUCACCGCAGCAGUUGACGGCGGCUUCCUCACCUCAUCCCCACAUGGGUGCGGCCUCGUACAGCCAGGCGCAGCCAGCCCAACCACCCCCAAUGCAUCUGCCACCGCCAACCGUGCAAGGCAUCGCAACAGCACAAUCACAGCACUCGCAGACGUACGAUAGCCUCAGCGAGGGCACCGGCACGCUGGAUCGCGACGGCGGGGCUACGAUCCCGCGCAACGCUAGCAAGCACCAGUUCGCACAGCCGAGUCGCAAUGAGGCGCCCUCGAUGGAGAAUCUGCUCAGCGCCAGCAGCAGCCGAUCGUUGCUACUGCAGCAGCAGCAGUACAGCAACACCCUGCAGCAACCAUCCCAAGCGGGUCCCUCCGCAAGUCAGCAGCCGUCGACGAGUGCGACGGCAACACCGGUCCAACUAGCACAACCAUCCACAGCACAACAAUCAGUACCACCGCAACAGCAGCUGGCCACCAGUCCGCAGCAACAGAACGUCCCAGCAGAGCCGCCUCAAUCGCAGCAACAGCCACAGCCAACGCCCUCGCCGCAGCAGCUAAUGCCCUCCCAGCCACCGAUCCUGAUGCCCUCCCAGCCGUCGAUCUCCACGCCCGCCAUCGUACCGUACCCGAUGGCGUCGCACGCCCUGCCGCCCCACGCCGGCCACGGCGGACCGUCGCUGAACGAUUCGCCCGCCUCCACGCUGCAGCGCAGCAGCAACGCCCAGCUGCUCCGCAUCCCCCAGUCGAACCUGUCCUGCAAGCAGCGCGUCAAGGAGUACGUGCGGCGCGAGACGGCCAAAUUUUUCGGCGUCCCGAUCCAGGAUGAGGCGUACGAGCGCACGAAGUGGGACGAUCGGCAGCGGCGGUUCGCCUGCCGGCGGUUCGGCACGCUGCGGGACGAUUGCGACCGGGACGGGCAUCCGUUGCACGGCCACGGUCCGGGCGGUCUGCAUCACCACGCGAACGAACACCACGGCCACGGGGCGAAUGGGCACGGUCCGGCGGCCACACUGCCCCCGUCCGAUCGGCCCGACAUCCUGCCGGCCCAGAGCCAGGACGAGCGCGAAACGGAGCUGAGCCGCCGGCAGCGCGCCAAUCCCCAUUACGCAUCCGCCCAGGACCAGCAGGGCGACGUGUACUUGAUACGGGCCGAGCGCAAACCGUCCGUGCCGGCCGUCCUCUGCAGUGGGCUUAGCUUCCUGGUGCAGAGCAUCACCCGCCGGCGGUUGCGCACGCACAAACAGUGGUCCCGCAGCUUCGCACCGGCCCACGUGGAGCUGACCGGGUCGGACGGGUCGGACGGUGCGGAGGUGCACUGCGACGGGCUUGCCCCGAUACAGGACGGCGAGGCAUUCUUCGACACACCGGCCGCGCCGGGACCGGUUGGCGUUGGUCCGCAGGACCGCGGGCAGCCGGGUGGCUUGAUGGCGCACGACAACUCCCGCCAGCUGUUCGUCUCCGACGGGGAUCGUGCGACCGGCAGCGGCAUCAUCAACGGUUGGCGAACCAAGUCGGCGGAGCUGCAUCACCAGCAGCAGCAACAGGCCGUCCCAGCCGGUCAACAGGGGCCAGGAGGCGUACUGCAGCAGCAGCAAAACCAAGACCAAGCGGGACCCGCUGCCGGUGGCAUCUAUGGGCAGCGCAUCUCGUCCCACAUCCUGGACGGGGUGCUGGACAACUCGCUGCGGCCGGUACGAAACCGGGUGAAGCUGUUGCGCCCCAACCUGCUGGACGAGCGGUACGACUACCGGCCAUUCUUCACCUACUGGAUCAACACGGUCCAGAUCGUGGUGAUGGUCCUCUCGCUGAUCUGUUACGGCUUCGGACCAAUCGGUUUGGGCAUGGAGUACCGGUCGGCGCAGGUUCUCGUGACGAGCCUUAGCUUGCAACAGGUCCACCAUCAAGAGCCGCGCAACAUCUGGAUCGGAUUGCGCAGUGCCGACCUGAUACAUCUCGGUGCGAAGUACGGUGCCUGCAUGAGGCGUGACACCAAAAUACUGGACGUCGUGUCGCGAACUCGCAAGCACGAACGGGAAACGGCUUGCUGCAUACGAAACGACGAUUCUGGCUGUGUACAGAGCUCCCAGGCGGACUGUUCCAUCCGCGGUUGGCCAUCGAAAACGAUCGCGACGUGGAAAAAGUGGUCGCCGGGCGAAUCGGGCCCGGGUGGCCGCAUCUCGGGCAGCGUCUGCGGACUCGACCCGAAGUACUGCGAUGCGCCGGCAUCUAUCGCACCGCACGAAUGGCCGGACGACAUCACCAAAUGGCCGAUCUGCCGGAAGAACAACCAGCUGUCGCAGCGCUUCCGCUUCAAGGACCACACGGCCGAGCACAUGGUGUGCGAGGUGAUCGGCCACCCGUGCUGCAUCGGUGUGUACGGCGAGUGCCGCAUCACGACCCGAGAAUACUGUGAUUUCGUGCGCGGGUACUUCCACGAGGAGGCGUCACUGUGUUCGCAGGUCUCGUGCUUGAACGAUGUUUGCGGCAUGUUCCACUUCAUCGCCGUCGACUACCCGGACCAGUUCUACCGGCUGUUCACGUCGCUGCUGCUGCACGCCGGUCUGAUCCAUCUGAUCAUCAGCGUCGCCUUCCAGCACCUGCUGCUGGCCGAUCUGGAGCGUCUGAUAGGGCCGCUGCGGACGGCCAUCCUGUACGUUGGGUCGGGCAUCGCGGGCAAUCUGACGAGUGCCAUCUUUGUGCCGUAUAAGACGGAGGUUGGACCGCUGCCUUCGAUUGCGGGCGUGCUGGCAUCGCUGAUGCUGCAGCUCGUACUGUGCCACUGGAAGAGCUUGAAAAAACCCCACAUAGCUAUGAUCAAAUUGCUAACCCUCGGCUGCACCCUGUUCGGGCUGGGGACACUGCCACUGCAGCAGAACUUUACCGGGCUGAUCGCGGGUCUGCUCACCGGUAUCGCACUCACGCUAGCAUUCGUACCAUUCGUGAACGUAACGAAACAUAGUCGUAAGAGUAAGAUCAACCUCAUCUGGACGUGCGUGACGCUGCAGUUCGUGCUGUACGCGACCAUGUUCAUCAUAUUCUACGCCUUCCCGACGCUGUUCGAGUCGCUUAACUUCAUCGACGGCAAUCAGCUGAUGGACCCGAACGCUGGCCACGGCUAUCACGACCAUUACAGCCUGUACGAUGGUUACAACAACUACAAUCCGCUCGGCGGUACCGGCGGCCACCCGGCCGGCGGCGUUGGUGGACACAACCACAACGGGCAUGGCGGCGGUGCCAUCGGCAAUGGCGGGUCCGGGACGGGCGGUGGCAAUCACAUCAUCGGCACGUACAACAACAAUUACAAAUCUUCCGGUGGCAAUGUAAUGCACAAUCAUCACGAUUACACCGGGGGUGGCGGUGGCAGUGCGAUGGCCGGUGGUCCCAACCGGAACAGUGCCGGUGGGGGCCGCACUGCCGGCAACAAUCUGCUGAAGACGAUUAGCCUGUGCGAGAAGGGCCAGUGCGUACUGAGACAGCCGCGACAGACGGACACGAAUGCAUGA